AUGGAAGGCGACGACGGGGGAGACUAUCAGGAGGCGUCUGCGGGAGCGUCGGCCACAUAUCCCGUACAGUGCUCAUCACUGCGCAAGAAUGGCUUCGUUAUGAUUAAGUCCCGGCCCUGUAAGGUCAUGGAGAUGUCCACUUCCAAGACUGGCAAACACGGACACGCCAAGGUCCAUUUGGUAGGACUCGAUAUAUUCACUAAUAAGAAGUACGAGGACUUGUGUCCAUCGACUCACAACAUCGAUGUCCCGAAUGUGAACCGAAGUGACUUCCAGUUGAUUGACAUCAGCGAUGAUGGGUUCGUGACUCUGAUGAACGAAAAGGGUGACACUCGCGACGACUUACGCGUCCCGGAGGGGGAAAUGGGCCAAAAAAUUAGGGAAGAAUAUGGACGCGAAGACAACACUGUUAUCGUAUGUGUCUUGUUGUGCAUUAUUAUUACCACCGAUGGC